AAAGCGGGUCUUCCAUCGGCGAUUGCUUUUUUCCCGGGGUCGGGCUAGUCAUGUCAUCCUCAGGCUCUCAUCAUGAAAAAAUCUCAAAUUCAAUUCCUCAGUCAUUCCAUGGAAUCUUGUGACCUUGUCAAAAAAGACCUUAGGCCCACUAACCCCGUAACAGUCUAGGGUCGACCGGCUCAAGGAGUGGGACCUCCGUCCCGGGACCUCGUUUGUUUCUCAACGGCUCCGGAAAAAAGAUUCUUCUUGUUUGGGCAGACGUGAGGGCAUCACGAAACCACCACAACAAACAAAGCUCCAAGGCCAAGAGGUGGAACAACAAACGCACAUAUUGUUAUAGUUCGUCACACAUCCCAACAAUGGCAUCUCGCGCCAUCAUCCCCCGCUUUCUCCUCCCUCUUCAGGGUCCUCUGUGGCGUGGUAUCAGCAUCCCGCUCUCACAGAACAGCAUCCGAAUUCGCUUCGCCUCUUCAUCCUCAAAGGGAAAGCCUAUUGUUCUCGAGAAGCCCGCUCGUUUCAACCCUCCUUCUCAUGGCUCCCGCCUCAAGAAGAACCAUGUGCCUAAACAUUACGGCCCUGAGCUCACCGCUUCCGAGGUCGCUGCUCAGAACAAGAAGCACUAUCCCGGUAUGAUGGCUCCCGAGGGGACAUGGGAGCACUUUUUCUGGCACAGUAGGCUUUUGCAUACUUUUAUCACCAUGGGAACUCUUUUCGCCCUUGGUGUUUUCACCUUUUUCAUGAACUACGCCUACAACUCGCCAUACAAGGAGCUCGUCCCUCCCAUUUCAGACCUCUGGACGCACCCUCUUCACUUCUUCGUCGCCUGGAAGAAUGUUAUUGUCCUGCACGAGAAGGACAAGGCCGAGAAAGCUAGGGACCACCGAACGGACCAUCUCGACGAUGUAGCUAAGCGCCGACUUUUCAUGAAGAUGCACGGAAUCGAGGCCAAGGACCCUGUGACUGUUGUGUUUGGCAAGGGUGAGGAGGAUCCCAAGCCUGAGCAAGCUGCUGUGGAGGACGAGCUAGUGCAAAAGGUCGAGGUGCAAGAGAAGGUUGAAGAGCCCAAGAAGAAGUGGUUUGGUGUCUUCUAAGAUGCCUAUGUAAAAAUAAAGAUGCAAGAAUCUGCAUGUAUGAUAUAGCUGUAGCAUAACGAUCUCCAUGCCCAGGGAUCAUACGUUGUACGAUUACAUGAAAUCCAGCCUCAUGAGGCUUUGUACUUUUCUAUCACACCCCA